AUCAAUAAUAAUAAUAAUAAUCAGUCCUUACUUACAUACGUAACAAAACCGAUACAUUUACACAAGUUUGCCAUUGUCAUCGGCUCCAUCCUGUCCGCAAAGCACCGUAUCAAAAGGGAUGGAUGUCCGUCGACAAUCUUCGCAUCCCACUUCUCAUAAGCAGCAGAUGUUUAAACCUAACAACAAAAAGAUGGUGGAUGUCUCAAAAGCUUCUGAACCUCUACCAACUUCCAUGGCGAUUUCGAAUGGUAUUUUCUUUACUGUCUUCUUUUCGGUUACAUACUUUCUUCUUAUCCGAUGGCGUGAAAAGAUUCGUGAUUCCACUCCCCUUCAUGUGGUCACCAUGUCGGAAAUGGCUGCGAUUAUCUUGUUUGUGGCAUCGGUUAUCUACCUACUCGGCUUCUUCGGGAUGAGUUUUGUUCAAAAUGAUGACGAAGAAGAAGAAGAAGAAGAAGAAGAGGACACCGCAGCUCUGGAUUGUGAACCAGAAGUGGCUACAAAACACAAGGAUUUGGUGAAAUUACAACAGGAAACAGCAACCGUGACUGAAGACGAUGAGGCGCUGAUCCAAGCAGUGGUUGCUGCUAAAAUCCCAUCUUACUCGUUGGAAUCAAAGCUUGGAGACUGUAAGCGUGCUGCUUUCAUUAGGCGAGUGGCGUUGGAGAGGAUAACUGGGAAGUCGCUUGACGGUUUGCCUCUAGAGGGGUUUGAUUACGAGUCCAUAUUGGGACAGUGUUGUGAAAUGCCGGUUGGUUAUGUUCAGAUACCCGUGGGUAUUGCAGGCCCGAUGUUGUUGGAUGGAAAGGAGUUCUCGGUGCCCAUGGCCACCACUGAAGGUUGUCUUGUUGCUAGCACUAAUCGGGGUUGUAAGGCCAUUUAUGUAUCUGGUGGUGCCACCAGUGUAUUACUCAAGGAUGGGAUGACUCGAGCUCCCGUGGUUAGGUUUGGAACCGCAAAGAGAGCUGCUGAGUUGAAGUUGUUCUUGGAGGAACCGCUCAACUUCGACACUCUUGCUUCCGUUUUUAACAAAUCAAGCCGGUUCGGGAGACUUCAAAGAAUCCAAUGUGCGAUUGCUGGGAAAAAUCUAUACAUAAGGUUCACUUGCAGCACAGGUGAUGCAAUGGGGAUGAACAUGGUUUCCAAAGGUGUUCAAAAUGUUUUGGACUAUCUGCAACUUGACUUCCCGGAUAUGGACGUUCUUGGCAUCUCGGGAAACUAUUGUUCUGACAAGAAACCGGCAGCCGUCAACUGGAUAGAAGGAAGAGGAAAAUCAGUAGUAUGUGAGGCAAUCAUAAAGGAGGAAGUUGUAAAAAAGGUAUUGAAGACAAGCGUAGCUUCAUUGGUGGAAUUAAACAUGCUCAAGAACCUCACUGGAUCAGCCAUGGCGGGUGCUCUUGGUGGGUUCAACGCCCAUGCAAGUAACAUUGUGUCCGCUGUAUAUAUCGCCACCGGUCAAGACCCAGCACAGAACAUUGAAAGCUCGCACUGUAUCACCAUGAUGGAAGCUGUGAAUGACGGCAAAGACCUUCAUGUGUCUGUGACCAUGCCAUCCAUAGAGGUUGGGACAGUGGGUGGUGGAACUCAGCUAGCUUCACAGUCUGCUUGCUUGAACUUGUUGGGAGUGAAGGGUGCAAACAAAGAAUCCGCAGGAUCGAAUGCGCGGCAAUUGGCUAAGGUUGUGGCCGCGGCUGUUCUAGCGGGUGAGUUGUCUCUCAUGUCUGCGAUCGCGGCAGGGCAACUUGUGAAGAGCCACAUGAAAUACAACCGUUCUAGUAAAGAUAUUGCCGCCAAGGGUUAACCUUAUACAUCUCAGCCAUGGAUCUAUGAGCUUUCUGUGAUUCUUGUUUCAAUUGCUGGUACUUGUGUUGUUAUUUAUGUUAUUGCUGGUUUGAUUAAGCUCUAAUAAGGUGCCUAAAGUAUAUGUUAUUAUUAUGUGUAUUUUUAUCACAAAAUUGUAUUUAUUAUUACUUAUAUGAAAAAGAGUUUUUUAUAUA